GGAAUAUUAUUAGCAUAUUAUACUAAAGGAUAAAGUACAUUCUGCAGUAUGUCUACCAAGGUCACAAGGCUUGUGUGUUAUUUGUUGUUCAGAUUUUUACUUCCCAUCACAUUAUUGGCUGCUGCCAUAUUCCGCUUCAGUGGUCUGUCUUUUCUGUACACAGCAUUCCUGCUAAUCAGUCCAUUGCUCAGUGUACCAUGUGCCAUCUCAUUUAAAGGUUCAACAGGGGUCUACCUGAAGAUUCUGAUUGCCUUCACCAGCCUUGCUGUCCUUGCUCAGGCCACUUUUCACAUCGUCCUUGGUGCCAUAGCAACCGACAAUGAACCGUAUGGUUCCAUGUUUCAAAGCUGUUCUUUCAGUGAAAAACUGGCUAGACAGGUUGGGCUUCAAAGACUGGACGGAGUAGCUUUAGAAGACAUCAUUCGGUUAAUAGUACCCGAUGUGGUUGUCUUUAUCAUGUCUCUCUUCGUCUUCAUAAUCAGCAAUGUCCUGUUGAAGAGAGAUGCUGCACAGGAGACUUCCAAUUUGCCGACAUCAGUGAAGAUUCGGCGUCAUUGCCGCGUCACAUCUGUGAUUGAAUUCUUCGGCAAGUUUCUCAUCACAUUGCUCCUGUUUGUCAGUGGGAUUAUUCUGCCGUCCGUUCUAAGUGCAGUUUACUUUUUAACGUUUUUGGUGAUCGCAACGCUGUGGGCAUGCUACAAGAGCCUGGGGCACAAGUUCGCUGGUUUCCGGGUGUUUCUCUUAGUGUACACAGGUCUGCAUAUUCUGGUCUUACACCUGUACCAAUUUCAGUUCUUUCAGGAGUAUUUGCCGCAUACAGAAUUUUUACCAAGACUGCUGGGACUGACAGGGAUAAUAAAAACGGACUGUGCCAGUUUGGGGCGACUGAUAUUCCAGGAUGAUGUCAAAUGGCCGUACUUUGUCAACCCUGGAGUUUUGCUUCUCCUCUACUGGGUGUUGGCGUUUGAAACCCGCCACUGGUGUCACAAGAAGAAUCAUCCUGAGGCUGAGUCCCCGAUUGUGGUGAGCCGAGGUAGAAAGCGGAAGAAGGGUUCGCCGAGGACGGAGCGACAGGUACAGACGGCGGAGCAGGAAGAGCUGCUCGUUGACGAAGCAGAAGUGCCCGCUGGUGCUUACAGCAGCAUGGACCCCACCAAUGCUGAGGGCCGAUCAGAGCCGUCGACGCUGCAGUCGGGUGAUCGGAAUGAUGGGAAGAAGAAGCGGGAUGGCGAGGAUGAGAAACGCAGAGCCUACGUGUCCAUCUUUGUGUACAUCAUGAAGCAGAGCUAUGUGCUGACACUCAUUGCCAUGAUGGCGUGGAGCAUCACUUUCCAUAGCUGGUUGACCUUCACCUUCCUCCUCGGCGCCUGUUUGCUGUGGAUGUUACCCAAGUCGCGCAAGGUCUGUCUGAUGGUGUCUCCUCUCAUCGUCUUCUACGGGGAAUGCCUGCUUAUCAUGCAGUUCAUAUUUGGCAUGCCGCUUGCCGAACUUCCGGAAAGUGUUGGAGACUUCACAUACAACGAGAUUGGACUGAAGAAAUUUGACUAUCCCUGUUUACAACUGGCACUUCAGGUGUUUUACUUACUGUUCUUCUGGCUGACUCUUCGACAAUUCAUGAGAGAAAGGCAAGCACAGAAGGAAUUCAGUCCAGGCUAUGCAAUGGAACCAGUCGAGGGACCAGCAAAGAAAACCUCCUUCACAGACUUUCUCAAACGACCUGAAUCGGUUUUAGAAGUCAGUGUAGACAUUAAUAAUGCCAACUUUUCUGUGAAUUUGGAAUCGUCUCUUAAUGCUGAAAUUCAUCGCCCACAUGAAGAAAACAAUGAAGACAUCAUCGAUUUACAAUCUUAUGGAUCUGUUGAUUCUGUUGAAGUUAUCAGCGAUAGGUCUAUAGAGGAAGAAAUCGUUGAAGACAUCGAGCCAGACUCCAACCCACAUGACCCAGAUGACUUGCCUGUUUAUUCAUUUAACAAUGAAAAUGAAGAAAACUAUGCAGACAUAUCCGAUCUAGAACGUCCUGGAUCGGUGGAUUCAGUAGAAGACAUUCGAGAAAGAUUGUUCAAACUUUCCUGCCGGAUGCAUUUCUUCAUGGAGACAUCAAAAUAA